GAGAGGCAGGGGGCGGGACCUGGCCGUCCAGUUUAAAGUGUGUCUGAAUCUUCACUUGACGUCUAGUCUCUCUGUUGGGGUGCACACGGAUUGACCACUCCUUUGGGCCCUUUUUUUCUGGUUUUUCCUUGGAUAUUUGGGGGGGAAAAGCUAAUCCACAAACAUGACUGACGCGCAACAAGAGGCCCGCUCCUACCUGAGCGAGGAAAUGCUGGCUGAGUUCAAGGCCGCCUUCGACAUGUUUGACACCGACGGUGGCGGUGAUAUCAGCACCAAGGAGUUGGGUACCGUGAUGAGGAUGCUGGGCCAGAACCCGACAAGAGAGGAGUUGGAUGAGAUCAUCGAGGAGGUCGAUGAGGACGGUAGCGGUACCAUCGACUUCGAGGAGUUCUUGGUCAUGAUGGUGCUGCUAAAGGAGGACCAGGCCGGCAAGAGCGAGGAAGAGUUGGCAGAGUGCUUCCGUGUGUUCGACAAGAACGGCGACGGCUACAUCGACAGAGAGGAGUUCGCCCUCAUCAUCCGCAGCACCGGCGAGCCCAUCACAGAGGAUGAGAUCGAUGAUGAGCUGAUGAAGGAUGGAGACAAGAACGCCGACGGCAUGCUGGACUUUGACGAAUUCCUCAAGAUGAUGGAGAAUGUGCAGUAAACCCAGAAAGACUCAUGGACAUUCCUCCUCCUCCUCCCUGUGAACCCUCACUCUGAACACAUCUUACCCCCCUAUCGACCCAUUCAAACUCCUCCCCACACACACUCCUUCUCUCCCCUCCUGUCCACCUGGUUCACCGCCUCUCUUCUCCAUCCUUAAAGCCAUCCUCAACAGACAGCUAGGACACCCGGUGGGGGUGGCUGAGGUGGGGUCAACACUCCUCCUCAGCUUGCUUUGUGAAAUCAGAGAGCCCAUGGAUGCCGCGCUGACGCUGUACCCCGUGACAGGACGGCAAGGCUGCGAUGGGGAAAUUCACUGCACACACCUUUUUGAGUAACAAGCCCCCUCCUGCUGGUACAGCUCUGAUCUAGAUGUAGUCUAGAUAGAAAGGCAGCCUGUUACCUGCUGCUUAGACCAAUUCAUUCAACCACUUCACUGUACAAAGAAGUAAUUUGCUUGAACAGAAUAAAUGAAUUAACACAUG